AGGAGAGCGCUGCGUCGCAGAGAACCAAUUUUCCUAAUGCACUGGCACACAUACACGCAGCUCCACGGUUAUUGAUGAGGUAAAUGGGGAGGGGGACAACACGGGGCCACACGUAGUGCUGGGAAAUGGGGAGAGAGAGCGAGAGAAAGAGAGAGGGAGGAGAGUGGAAGGACAAGCUGGACAAAGAGACGGAGAAGCCGGGCAAGGAAGGAGGAAAAAGUGGGGGUGGGUGGGAUGAAGGCAAGGGAAACGGAGCGGCAGGUGUUCAAGGAUGGAACAGGACAUCCAGUCAGAGUGAGGGAACAUUAAGAAGGGGUUCCUUGAAAAUCUAUUUUUCACGAGGGCACAAAAAAGAAAAAUGUGCGACAGCUUCCAAGACGGACAGAAUAAUGCGACUUUUGUGGUUUAUUCUGCUUGAAGUCCAAGAAACGGGCUUACACAUUCACUUCAAACCGGGUUUUGCCUGCCGUGGGAUUUACCCUUUAACUGGAGGCGCUAGAGACGUUUUUCACGAGUGUAGAAGUAGCAGGAUCAUCUCAAGAAGAACAUGGGAAAGUUGAAAGAUCCACAGGGGACCAAAACUGGAGCCUGAUGAGUUCCACAGCGGAAUAUUCUCCUGCAUCCUCCGCAAAAGGAGCCAAUAUCGUAGGUUUGUAGUAUAUUCUAGAAUUUCCUGUCAUCUCCAUGGGCUCUUUUUUCCAAGACCGCUCGCCCAAUUCUCCAAUGUUGCUUGGCUUCUCCUGUUCAGCGGUAGGCCAGAUGACACCCGAGACUGGUCACAAUUGAGCCAAGCACAGCGGGCACCAAAGUGGUGAAGGAAGGUCCAUGUGAAACAUUUCAUCUUUUCCAGGGCCACCAUCCCUUGCCCUGGCCAGGUGGUGGGCCCGCAGUUUAUCUUCUAUGCAGACUACACCUUGGACCGGUCAGAUGUGGUCACCACACCCUGAACUGGUCACCAGGACACACUGAGUCGGAAGUGAUUCAAUGCGGGUCAGCAACGUGAACCAUUCCAUCUUUUCCAGAAUCACCCAUCUCUCCAGUUGUUAUUGGGUGAUGGUCAGGGUAGGGGUUGAAGUCUCUUCCACUUAGUGGCCCACAAGACGGGUUGCCAGUCAAUCCCAGGAUGCAUCGAGAGGGAAUUGAUCCCGUGGCUAGCUGAAGAAGUCAUCGACAUGAACCACGAUAACAGCCCAGAUUGGAAUCUCUUCAUGUUCCACCAGGAAGGGGAGUGCAUACAGCCGGAGGCGGCGCACUUUCAAGCAACUUCACUUUAAAAACGGCUCAACUUUCUAUUGUCUGCACUUGAGCAUCUACAAUUACUGUUACUGCGGCAACCGGCGAGCAAAGUGAGAGCGGGAGUGUUGCAGCAUGGGACUCAGCUGCUUCAAGUCCUGGAAACAUGACAGAACGGGCCUCAAAGGGAACAGAGACGUGUUGGCCAGCCCGGGCUCGUAUUUCUUCCUGUCCAAUAGCGCCGGCCAGGGGGACGAGUGGCUGAAAAGCCUCAACAAGUCUGGAGUCUGGAUUCCCUUCACAGGUGUGUUCGGUCAGCGUCUGGAGGAGACGGUGCUGUACGAGCGUCGUUACGGCGUACGCUCGGUUCCCCUGGUGGUGGAGCAGUGUGUGGCCUUCAUACGAGAGCGGGGCCUCCAGGAGGUGGGCUUGUUUCGUCAGCCGGGACGGGCGAGCUUGGUGAGGGAGCUGCAGGAGGCCUUUGAUGCAGGCGAAAGGCCUUCCUUCGACAGUAAUACAGAUGUCCACACGGUGGCGUCGCUGCUGAAGCUCUACUUGCGACAGCUGCCGGAGCCUUUGAUUCCUUUCAGUCACUACCAGGACUUCCUGCUCAGUGGCCAAAAGCUUUCGAGCGACCGCACGCAGGGCUUGGGGGAGUUGAGGAAUCUUCUUCAGGAGCUACCUGUGGCCAAUUUCAACCUUCUUAAGUUUAUAUGCCAAUUUCUCAACGAGGUACAGAGUCACUCAAAAGGGAACAAGAUGAGCUGCCAGAAUUUAGCCACAGUCUUUGGACCAAACAUUCUUCGGGCCAAAGCAGAGGACCCGGAAAGCAUCAUGGGAGGUGCAGCGCAAGUUCAAGGGCUGAUGUUGGAGCUGAUCAGAGAGCACCAGUCCCUGUUUCCCAGAGUUCCUGCGCAUACUGCCAGAGGGUUUUGCGCUUCGCCCGGUGCUCUCAGACGACCGCAUCUGCACCAGCCGCCCUGCCUUCGCCAGAUGUCGCUACCGCUUAUUGCAGAGCGGUGCAGAGAGCCGGGACACGCUACUAGCUUUAUCCCCUCAGCUGCAGCCACGUCAGAGGUAACCUCAGACAACAAGACUUUCCUUGGCCAUCGCUACACCUCGUCGCAUCCGGAAAACUGCUUCUACCCGCUACCUUCCUCAAGUCAGCCCCUGCACAACCACGGCCAGGAGAAGACGAGAGAUCUACAUCAGUGCCUAACCACCGGUGGAUCAUCCCCCGCAAAUGUUUGUAGCUGGAUGGAGGUCUGGACCAGUCUGGGAGAGGCAGGCGACAGAGGUGGCAAAACAGUGGCAGGCGAGCACCUGUGGAGUUCCAGCGCCACCCAGAUCGCAGGGGCAGAAGGCGAGGGUCCCCAAGCGGCCGGCGGAGGCGGCAGUGAGGUGCAGGAAGACAGCACCCCAUCGGAUUAUGACAACCUGAACAGAGCGCCUUCUCGUCAGACCAUGGAGGAUGUCGCCGGUGAACAUUUCGACCCCAACGGUGAGGGCAACUCCGGCGAGGAAUCAGAGGAGGCGUGGCAGACCGUAGACGACUCCUCGUCGUGGUCCUCCUGCGAGGUUUUACAGCCGGACCAGGGCAGCGAUCCCGAGGGUCGAGUUGGUCCUGACUUGAAACCGAUGAGAUCCCCCUCGAGUCAAGCUGCAGAAGAUGACAAACACCUCGACGGUGACACGGAAAGUGACCUUGACGGAGGACGCCAUCUGAACACGCCGACAUCCGGCUCGAUCCUCAGCCCCCUCAGCACCGGCAGCUCAGAGGUGUUCCUCCCGUCUGGCCCUCCGGAACCUUCAGCAUCCGAGCCCGAUGAUGCUGAGUCGCUCCUGACUGAACUUCGACAGCAGAUGGCCCAGCAGAGGAGCGAGUACCAGGCUAGGAUACACAGGUUAGAGCGCUGCAACGACGCCCUUGAGCGGCAGGUGGCCGCACUGCUAAGGACCGUGGAGAACUCUGCCAACCUUUAG